AUGGCUUCUUCUUGUCGAUCCUCCAACUCCUGCUCAAGGUCAAAAAUUUCCAAGUCAAAGAGCACAAUUGAUAAGGAAAUUUCUUGUGAUUGUGGGUUUCCUUCUCGAAUCUGGAUAUCAACAACAGAGGCAAAUCCUGGUAAAAAAUUUAAGAUGAAGGAUCCAAAGGAUAAAUGUGAUUUCUGGGAAUGGGUUAAUGAAGAACAUGAUUUUAAUACUGAAGUGAAGAUUGCAAUAUUAGAACAUGAUUUCAGUGAGUACAAGGUGAAGACUGAUAAUGAAUUGAAGUACAUGAUGUAG